ACGGCGCUGUGGCGUGACGCACAGGGUCGCUGACCAGUCGUCUGAGAGCUGAGCUGGACUUGGCGGUGGGAGCCGGAGCGGGGCUCUAGCAGCUGUGGGUGCGGACGCGGCCAGGUGAACUGCUCCUGCCAGUUUCUUUUCAGACUAUGGCAACAUAUUUGGAGUUCAUUCAGCAGAAUGAAGAAAGAGAUGGUGUGCGCUUUAGUUGGAAUGUGUGGCCUUCCAGCCGCCUCGAGGCUACAAGAAUGGUUGUUCCCCUGGCUUGUCUCCUCACUCCUUUGAAAGAACGUCCAGACCUGCCUCCCGUACAAUAUGAACCUGUGCUCUGCAGCCGGCCGACUUGCAAAGCCAUUCUCAAUCCACUUUGUCAGGUUGAUUAUCGAGCAAAACUUUGGGCCUGUAAUUUCUGUUUCCAAAGAAAUCAGUUUCCUCCUGCUUAUACAGGCAUAUCUGAGGUGAAUCAGCCUGCUGAAUUGAUGCCCCAGUUUUCUACAAUUGAGUAUGUGAUACAGAGAGGUGCUCCAUCCCCUCUGAUCUUCCUCUAUGUGGUUGACACGUGCCUGGAAGAAGAUGACCUUCAAGCACUCAAAGAAUCCCUGCAGAUGUCCCUGAGUCUCCUUCCUCCAGAUGCUCUGGUGGGUUUGAUCACGUUUGGGAGGAUGGUGCAGGUUCACGAGCUCAGCUGUGAAGGAAUCUCCAAAAGUUAUGUCUUCCGAGGGACCAAGGAUUUAACCGCAAAGCAAAUACAGGAUAUGCUGGGCCUCACCAAGCCUGCCAUGCCUAUGCAGCAAGCAAGACCUGGUCAACCACAGGAGCACCCUUUCGUUUCAAGCAGAUUUCUGCAGCCCAUUCACAAGAUUGACAUGAACCUCACUGAUCUCCUUGGGGAGCUGCAGAGGGACCCAUGGCCUGUGACUCAGGGGAAGAGACCUUUGCGAUCCACUGGUGUUGCUUUGUCCAUUGCCGUUGGCCUGUUGGAGGGCACUUUUCCAAACACGGGAGCCAGGAUUAUGUUGUUUACUGGAGGUCCCCCCACCCAAGGGCCCGGCAUGGUAGUUGGAGAUGAACUAAAGGUUCCUAUUCGUUCCUGGCAUGAUAUUGAGAAAGAUAAUGCACGUUUCAUGAAAAAGGCGACCAAGCACUACGAGAUGCUUGCCAACCGAACUGCUACAAAUGGUCACUGCAUUGAUAUUUACGCUUGUGCCCUUGAUCAGACAGGACUUCUGGAGAUGAAGUGUUGUGCAAAUCUUACUGGAGGCCACAUGGUGAUGGGAGACUCUUUCAACACCUCUCUCUUCAAGCAGACUUUCCAGAGAAUUUUUACUAAAGAUUUCAACGGAGAUUUUCGCAUGGCGUUUGGUGCUACUUUGGAAGUGAAGACCUCUCGGGAGCUGAAAGUUGCAGGAGCCAUUGGUCCUUGUGUGUCUCUGAAUGUGAAAGGACCAUGUGUGUCAGAAAAUGAGCUUGGUGUUGGUGGCACGAGUCAGUGGAAAAUCUGUGGCAUGGAUCCCACAUCUACACUUGGCAUCUACUUUGAAGUAGUCAAUCAACACAACGCCCCGAUCCCCCAAGGAGGCAGAGGCGCCAUCCAGUUUGUCACUCAGUAUCAACACUCCAGCACCCAGAGGCGCAUCCGCGUGACCACCAUUGCCCGAAAUUGGGCAGAUGCACAAAGCCAGCUCAGGCACAUAGAAGCAGCAUUUGACCAGGAGGCUGCAGCAGUCUUGAUGGCUCGGCUGGGGGUGUUCCGUGCAGAGUCAGAGGAAGGGCCUGAUGUGCUCCGGUGGCUAGACCGACAGCUCAUUCGACUGUGUCAGAAAUUUGGACAGUAUAACAAAGAAGACCCCACUUCUUUUAGGUUAUCAGAUUCCUUCUCUCUGUAUCCUCAGUUCAUGUUCCAUCUUAGAAGAUCUCCAUUUCUCCAAGUGUUUAACAACAGUCCUGACGAGUCAUCGUAUUACAGACACCAUUUUGCCCGACAGGACCUAACUCAGUCCCUCAUCAUGAUCCAGCCCAUUCUGUACUCCUACUCGUUCCACGGGCCACCAGAGCCAGUACUCUUGGACAGCAGCAGCAUUCUAGCUGACAGAAUUUUGCUGAUGGAUACUUUCUUCCAAAUCGUCAUUUACCUUGGUGAGACCAUAGCCCAGUGGCGUAAAGCUGGGUACCAGGACAUGCCUGAGUAUGAAAACUUCAAGCACCUUCUGCAGGCACCACUGGAUGAUGCUCAAGAGAUUCUGCAGGCGCGCUUUCCAAUGCCACGUUACAUUAACACGGAGCACGGAGGCAGCCAGGCCCGAUUCCUUUUGUCCAAAGUGAACCCAUCUCAGACACACAAUAACCUGUACGCUUGGGGACAGGAAACAGGAGCACCCAUCCUAACUGACGAUGUUAGCCUGCAGGUGUUCAUGGAUCAUUUGAAGAAGCUGGCUGUGUCCACUGCUUGUUAAGCUGGAGAUGUGAGCGGAACAUUGUCACAUUGUGUUCACAAUUGCUUAUUAUGGCUCAAAAACAUUCCUUUCACUUUCCUUGUGAGUUUUAAUAAAUAAUCAAAGGAAGCAUUGUAUGUAACUCUUUAGAUUAUAAUUUAUUUGUAUUCCUUAUUUGUGCCCCUUUUCUUGCAACAUGAAAUUGUAACGUCAUAAAUGUUUUGGUACUUGUAGAUGUUUAUAUGCUUUUUGUAUCCUAACUUCACACUUAUGUAAAAUCAGAGAUACUGUAUUUUGGCAACUUAGAUGAAAAUCAUAAUGAUCAGAAAGGAAAUAAAUAUAGAUAAAGAAAGCACUGGCUAAAAUAAUGCUAAUACAGAUUUGAUUUCCUGA